AUGUUCACGAGGGCUGCACUGCACGAUGACAAGGCAAUUGAUCUUCUCCGAGAUGCUGGGGCCAAUAAAUCUCUCGUCCGUACUCACACACCACCACAAAUCCCGAUAAGGGAGCCCGGAGAUAGACGAAAGGCCGGGAGGAAAUGGCUGGGGCCGCCCAUUUCCUCCCGUCCAUCAAAGCAGGUACCACAACGCGGAUUUUGCGUGUUUCCAGACCGUAUGGAGGAGGAAGGAGAAUGGAAGGUCGCGAGUGACUGCUUUCGAUCAUGGAAUCUGAUGAUUGGAGCAAAUCAUGCAAAGUUCCUCGGAUUCGUGACUUCAGCCGGCACGAGAAUCGGAUCCCGGAUGCAUCCCGUCGACCGCAGACGAACGUCAGUCGACCGGGAAAACGUCUCGGAAUCCCGACGGACCGACCAAGAUUCGAUUCGUCGAGAUGCUCAUCGUCCCCUCGGCCCCAUCUCCCGAAUUCCGGGGAUUCCGUCGUUGAGGAAGGUCACGAACGAUCGAGAUGCGUCGUCGAGCGAUCCUUUUGCCUUCAUCAUCAGUCAAUUUGGUGCCCGUCCCGGCCGAUCACCGACCGGAAGCGUCGAAAGGGCUCCGUCGGGCGAGGAGAUGCGAGGCCCCUCUCUGAGGCCCCUCCUCGAGGCCCCUCCCGAGAGCAUUCUUCACCUUUUCCACUUCGAUUUGCUUUCAUCUCGAUUACGUGGACUGUCCCAGAGCAGCUCACCCCAGGAGUUAACACGAUACACUGCAAAGAACAAUGACACGUCCCGGCAAAGGCGAAAGAAGCUUAAUGGUUUCCUAUAUACAGCGAUCGACGGAUACAGCCUGAUCUGGCUUUGCAAGCUCUCCCUGCAGCGAGACCGAGAUCCCUCGCUGCCAACGGAACUCCGCCUCAUCGGCUGGAAUGGAACCAUGAAGGGGCUGACGGGGCUCGUGUGCGUUCUCUCUGCGGUGACAGCGAUGGGUUCGAACGAGCAAGGUGCUGGAGGGGAUCUGGAAGGGAAUCGAGCCCGGGUUUGGAUGGAAGAGGCAGAGGAGGGCAUCGCUCUUCACCUCCUGGCAGCCAGCAGCGUUUUAUCCAUCUUCAUAUGCGUCCUCAUGUUUGUCGGACAUGUGAUCACGAUCCGAUACGAGAAUCAGGAGUCCACGCUCUUGGCCGUGGCAUUCCUCACCUCUCACGUCUUGGGAGACAUCACCACCAUCCUUGCUAUAAAGGUCCCCUGGGUGGAGACGAGUUGUUUCGUGCUGGCAACGAUACAUCAUUGCAUUCAUCUUGCCACUCUCGGCUGGCUAUUCUUGAUCACCCUGACAACAUGCGGACCCUGGAGGACCAAGGGUGACCACUUCAUCAUGCUGUUCUUAUCAGCUCUCUGGAUCUUGUUCUGCGGGGUAAUGGAUCCAAACGUUUAUCGAACUUCACCCCCCUGUUCCGUGUCCUUCUAUCGAGGGAUGCUUCUCGGCUACGUUGGACCAACGUGCCUCAUUCUCAUGAUCAACACUGGAUUGGUGUUGGCAAGAAUGCGUCGAUUCUUGAAAGCUGUUCCCAUAGAAGACGAGGAAGACGAUCAGAAACCCGGCUGCGGGGAAGUGGGAGGAGCCGCCGCUCUCCCUUCAUUCUACGUCGUUUUCUGGUUCUUCGAGAUCCUCACCAUGGAGAACAAUUACAUCGGCCUCGCCCUUGCCUCCAUGGCCACACAACAAAUCACCAACUUGACAUUCCUGAGGUACCAUGGCCCAUGUUGGAUAGAUGCCUGGACCCUCCUCACCCGUCCGGUGAUGUACAAGAAAUGGCACGACAAUCCCGGGGCAUGCCAGUACGAUAAGGAAACCUAUAGUGUGAGUGUGCCACUUGUCCAAGAGGAACAGGCUGACAUUGAAAUCUCCCUUGUGUCUAGGGCCGAAGAUUAUACUGCCCUACCCUCUCAUUCCACUCAUUUACAGUCUCAAAUCCUCAACUCUCUGUGAUUGUCUACAUUCGUUCCCUCUGUCCGUGUCUCGUGGAGCGCCUCUAAAAAGAAAAUAAACUGCUGCUAGG